ACAAAGUCAGGCAUAAAUUGAGGCAACCUUUUGUGAGACUGUGAAUAACAACCACCUGCAUAAAAAGGAUACACACAGGCAAGUCAAGCAAAGUCAAGGAGAGCUGAUUGCAAUAUACUCCUUCGCAUAUUUGUACGCACCACCCACAAGACUUUCAGAUCCAGGCGAACACACACUGAAAGUGUUGACAGACAGACAGACAGAGUAUAAUUGUAUUACUCGUAUACCUUGGCCUAGUGGUGCCGUUGACAACGACAUUGUCAAAACAAAGUUCUUUUGAGGACGAGUCCUCACUCGCCCAGCUACAAGAGACUACGCAUUGACACAAAUCUUGGAUAACAGCAGAAUGUAUGAAUUGAAAGCAUUAUGAAUCCCUCGCAAGAGGACUGGAUGUAGAAAAGACCAACCUGCCGAUCCAGAACAUAACCAAAUACAAAGACUACGCAGCCGAAGACAAGGAAAGCCGCAAGAGGAAUAACGUUGAAUGUUAAAGGUGUUAUUGCGAAUGAUGGCGAUGAUGUUGAAUUGAUUUAAAGCAAAGUGGAUAUUUUCUGUUUCUCAACAACAUCCUUAUGAACGAUAGCAAUUACAAUGCUAUGCCCGCUAUCAAUAUGGCUGCGCUAAGCCAUAGGACCGCAACAACCGCCAACAGCACUGCUCCAAUAACAGCUAGAAAAACAAGUUUAAUUGCAACUUCAACAAAGGAUUACUACGCCACACCCAAAAGAGUCAAAUCCCUUAUAAGGAACAAAUCGGUAACAACAACUAAGAACAAGUGCAGCCAGGACUUGAGCUAUCGGAAAUCGAAAAACGAAACCGGAAUCUCUCCCACCGCUAGUUUCAGUCACAACAUAACCAGAACGUGGAAAUCAACAAGUUCUCGUUGCCACAUACUUAAAAUUAAGAGGCCAAAUUGCAUUAAUCCAUUGUUGUUGACUACUUCGUCAUCGGUAUCAUCAUCCUCCUGCUUCUCCAGCUACACAUUAUCGCAAGCACCAUUAUUGCGCUCAUUGUUGCUGCACUCAACGGCAGCUUUAUUGGAUUUGCGAAAGGCAGCAGUGACACAGGCAAACACUAAACAUGUUGUGGCAUUUAAUUUCUGUAAUCCUUGCCAUACAAUUGCAUUUUGAUUACACAGAAGCGCAUUUUGUUGCCAACUUGACGGCGGCAAGCAGCAGCUAUGCCCCAGCGCCAUCAUCGGUGCCAACGACAGCAACAGCAGUUGCAAGCACCAGCGCCGCCAUAUCUUUGGAUAAUAUAGUUCGCAUUGGAGAUGGCAAUAUCAUAACGAGGGAUGCCAUUCAACAGUCUUUGGUGACAGUCCAUGACAUUGCCACCGAGAAUUUGGGCACAUUGUGUAUUUCAACACUUUAUCGACCAUUGCAGGUGCCCAUCAAUUCCGAACGUUAUGAGAGCUCGAGACAAAAGGCUGAUCUUGUGGCAUCCAUACUGCAAGAGGUGGGAAUUAUAAGGCAUGGAGGUUUAUCAGAAGCCUUGGCCAAAGGAUUGCUUAGUGACGACUAUACAACCGGUGCCCGAAUUUUGGCACUCAAUAUAACCAAUGGCUCUGUACAGUCCUAUGUAUGGUGGAUUAAAAAGAAUCACGAUAAACAUGGUGAAUUACAACGUUACGAAGAAGAAGGGCUACAGAUAGCAAAGAAACCUUCACAAAUGUAUCCAUGGUUUGCCGAUGAAAGCUCCUCACCGACAUUGCGCUCACCGAAAUUCGCACCCAGCCCACCGAACAUUUACUACAAAGGCUGGUGGACAUACCCGUACUUCUCAUGUUCACUUAGCAAAUGGAUACUCUCGUACAGUAUUGCAAUACCACCGAGCGGAAGACAUGGUCUGCGAGGUUUCGUCAGCAUCGAUAUUGACGUUACCGGGUUGCGUGUCAAUCAAUGCGAAGCACCAGUGGCUUAUCGUUUCAAUUAUCAGCAGAUACAGACACGGCGUCUGCACUUGGUGGAUACCAGCUCACAGUCGUCAGAAUUCAUUAACGAUAUUCAGGCGUUCCACAAGUCGCAUAAAUGCCAUCGUGACACAAUGGUGUGUGACUAUCGUUUACCCACCUCGGAAGCACCGACAAUAACAACAAGUAAAAUUUUGGCAACAGCAAACACUUGGUCACGUGGUGCCUACCAAUGUUUGUGCAAACGCGGCUUCUAUUCCAUUCGUCAUCCAGAUGGUUUUAAUGGCACCAUUAUGGAAAUUGCUUGGAAAGAACAUCAGGAUAAUAUUAGCAAUUACUACUCUGAAGUGUUCAUAUGCCUGAAGUGUGCUCCAGGGUGUGAAUCGUGCACAGGACCUGAACCGUGUUUGGCCGAUUACAAUUGGCCUUUUAGAAUAUCUCUACUCACCAUCUCAGUGGCGUGUGCUGUGGGCUGUUGCAUUUUGGCCGGAUAUUUAUUCCAUCAUCGCAAGUUGAAAGUAUUCAAAGUGGCCAGUCCAAUAUUUUUGCUAAUAACCCUCAUCGGAUGUGCCAUUAUGUAUUUGGAGAUGGUGGCAAUUUUUCCAUACUUGGAUACAACAUGGUGUGUGACAACAAAAUGGACACGGCACAUGGGUUUCUGCAUAACAUACACAUCGUUGCUAAUGAAAACAUGGAGAGUGUCGCUUACGUAUCGCGUAAAAUCGGCACACAAAGUCAAACUAACCGAUCAACAAUUGCUACAAUGGAUGGUGCCCAUACUAUUGGUAAUGCUUAUCUAUUUGGGUACUUGGACUAUAUCUGAUACUCCCUAUGCCCUCUAUAUUAACGAUCAAUACGGUUUGAAAUUCAAGCAAUGCUCAUAUAAUUGGUGGGACCAUAGCUUGGCUAUAGGUGAAGUGCUCUUCUUGGCUUGGGGCAUACGUGUCUGCUACAAUGUCCGCAAUGCAGAGUCAUUGUACAACGAGGCUCGUCUUAUUUCAUAUGCCAUUUACAAUAUCGCCAUUGUUAAUACAGCAAUGGUGGCACUACACAUUUUGAUAUAUCCCGAAGCUGGUCCUGAUAUAAAAUACACUUUGGGUUUUAUACGAACCCAACUCUCAACAACCACCACCAUUGCUCUAGUAUUUGGUCCGAAAAUAUCACGUAUCUUCAAAGGUCAGGGUGACAAAUGGGAUCAAAAGGCCAAAGUGCGUAGCAUAACAGCAUCGUUUUCGCUGAAUGGUGUGGGCCUGGUGCCAGACGAAUCUCCCGACUUGUAUCAGGAAAAUGAAGAACUUAAGGAGCAAAUCCAGAAAUUAGCUCAUCAAAUAGAAUUUAUGAAGACUGUACAUAUGCAAAUCAAUAACAGACAUUUGAAACCGAAGCCCGGUGGUUAUUUUACCAUAACCUCCACCUCUUUCCAGGCACCAUUCAGUAAAAAUAAUAUGUCUUCUACCCAAACGCAAACCUCUAAGGGAGGUGGUGAUGAAACCCAAACUGCCUCCCUAAAUAAAGGUUUCCCCACCAAUUUAACACCUACUAAAACAAAAUCCAAGACAACCGAGAAAGUUUGACGAGGUCAACGAAGUGAAAAAGAUUGCUCA